AUGUCACUGUACACAUCACAUAUUUCAACUUCUUCAUUACAAAAAGGAUUACUUGCAUUCGGCUCGGCAGUAACAGCACUUUUAAAUCCGAUGAGAGCAGAUAUGGUAGCAACAAUGGGUGAAACAACAGCUUUUCGACCGAUACUGGAAAAAAUUCGUCAACGAAUGGAAGGCGAUAUAUGUGGUAGAAAAAUUUUGAGAGAUCGUCCAAGAAUAACCAGUGCGACUAUUGAUUUGAGUUAUCUUCGAACACUUCCUCAUGGAACACUUGGCAAAGAAUAUUCCAUAUUUCUCGAAAAGUUGAAUACUACUCCAGACGACCGUCCCACUGUUAAGUUUAUUGAUGAUGACGAUUUAGUUUACGUUAUGCAGAGGUAUCGCGAGACGCAUGAUUUCAAUCAUUUAAUUUUGCAAAUGAAAACGACUUUGCUUGAUGAGAUCGCUGUUAAAUGUUUCGAAGGCAUACAGCUUGGUUUACCGAUGUGUAUUCUUGGUGGUGUAUUUGGUGGUUUGAAAUUAGAGCCAAAGUAA